UGUCCACCAUAUUGGUUUUGAAGAUCGCGGUGCAUUAUGGACUACACACGUGUCUAUCUUCUUUCUUUUCACUACAACAUGGAUCAGCAAACCGAGAAAGCUUACCAAAAACAGCCACCAAUCUUUCAAAAUAAGAAAAGAGUUUUGACCCAAGGACAACAGUUAAAAAAGAAAGAACUAAGAUAUUACAAGAAUGUUGGUCUUGGCUUCAAGACACCUCAAGAGGCUAUUGAUGGCCACUAUAUUGACAAGAAAUGUCCAUUUACUGGUAAUGUCAGUAUUAGAGGACGAAUAUUGACUGGGACAGUGGAAAAGAUGAAAAUGAAACGAACCAUUGUGAUUCGACGUGAUUAUCUUCACUACAUCAAGAAGUACAAUCGAUUUGAGAAGAGGCACAAAAAUUUGUCAGCCCACAUCUCCCCUUGUUUCAGGGAUGUUGCCAUUGGUGAUGUUGUGACUGUUGGUGAAUGUCGUCCUCUCAGCAAAACUGUCCGUUUUAAUGUGUUGAAGGUGUCAAAGGGGAAAAGUUCUAAGAAAUCUUUUGAAAAGUUCUGAGAUUGUCUUUUAAAUUUUCAAUAAAGGCCUGUAUCCUCAUA